GAUAGUGCCAUCGAUAGUUUGCCACCUCUAGUUUGUGGUUUUGAAUGCUGAUGUAAAGAAAAAAAAAAUACUUUCGGUCGAAGCGAAAUCGAUUAGUUUGUGUUAAACAUAUCUAUUGCCAAUAAAGAGGCCUCUUAAAUUGUUAAUGAAUAAUUUUUGGGAUGAGUGUAGAGUUGUCUUCCCCCGAGAUGAUGGUGUGCCAAACACUGCGCGCUGCCACGGAUCCAAAUCAUGAAGUUGUUUUGAAAGCCGAGGCGCAGUUAGCAGAAUGGGAACUACAGCCUGGAUUCUUCCCUACUCUAGCCCGCUUUUCUACGUUGAAUGCCGGAAACGAAGCCGGACAGCAGCAUUUACAGAUAGAUCUGAAUGUACGCUGGAUGGCGGCUGUAUACUUAAAGAAUGGUAUCAAUAAGUAUUGGAGGCGGAAUGUGCGGCAUGAGCUACCUAGUGAAGAGAAACAACAAAUUCGAGAGAUUCUUUUGAAAAAAUUUAGUACGGAACCAGUACCACAAGUAAUGUUGCAGAUAGCUGUGCUUAUAGCACGUAUAGCUCGUAUUGAUUGUCCUCGCGACUGGCCAGAGUUAAUACCUCAACUGAUGAAACAGCUACAGAUAUGUGCACAAACGGAAGGUGAUGCAGGUGAACAACAUCGAGUAUUGCUUGUUCUACAUCAUGUGGUAAAAGCGCUGGCGUCUCGUCGCAUGAUGGCGGAAAAGCGAGUUUUUGAAGAGCUAACAGGAAAUUUGUUCGUAUAUAUGAAAGAUAUAUGGGAUGCUUUCACAACUCUAUUUUUUCACCAACUUAAGACGGCUUCUGUGAACGCGAUAUCAACUUUGGAACGUGCUCUAUUGACUAUGCGCAUUUUAAGAAAACUAACGGUGUAUGGAUUUCCAAAGCCUUUUAAAAUUGAGUGUUGCAUGAGCUUCCUUGAACUGUUAUUCGCUCGUCUUAAACAGUGCUUGGAAUGUCGGUAUGAACUGCAACAUCUUGGAGCUGAAGACCAACUGGUAGCUUUAAUGGAAAAGUUCAUACUGAAACAAAUAAAGACGCUAACGGAGUUUCAAGAUAUGCACUCUAGCUCGUUUGCUCGAUUUGUUCCUGAAGCACUAGAAUUUUGUUUUGAGCAUGUAUUCUAUGAACGUGCGCGUCUUAUAUUUUCUGAGAAUGUCAUAAAUUUCAGCAAUUUUGCCAUACAUUGUAUCAAUCUUAUGAAAGGUAUAAUGAUGUGUAGCGCUUAUGCUAAUUCGGCAACAACUGGCGAACACGUUUUAACAGAGCCUAAUCCAGCUCCACAUAUAGCUCUAUCAGACUUUUUCACUGACGAUCGACUCUCUUAUAUUUGCGAAAAAAUUAUCACUCAUUAUUUCUUGUUGACGCAAAUCGAGCUUGAUCAGUGGAUGGAGGAUGCCGAGAGUUUCGCACAAGAUGAUGGCGGUGAAAGCUGGAAGUAUGCACUUCGACCUUGUAUUGAAUCGUUCUUCCUUACAUGUUUCAGUCAAUAUCAGACAAAAAUGACUGCUGAAGUAGUAAAGUACAUUCGAAAAGCUCAGCAAAUCGAACUGUCACCAUCAUCUGAUCUCAAGGACAUACUUAUAAAAGACGCCAUAUAUAACGCCGCAGGACUAGCUUCUUUUCAUUUUUUUAAUGAUAUCGAUUUUGAUGUUUGGUUUGGUAAUCAACUUUUGUCAGAACUCCGAAUCGAAAGUGAUAAUUUUCGUAUACUCCGUCGGCGAAUUAUUUGGUUAGUAGCCGAAUGGGCGGCAGUUAAAUUUUCUAGAAAUUUACGACCUCUAGCUUAUGAAGCUUGUUUACAUUUACUUCGGUCUACUGAGGAUAUGUCCAUACGCCUGGCAGCUUCUCGCACACUAUCUACAUUAAUUGGGGACUUCGAGUUUGCACCUGAGCCUUUCUUACCUUAUUUGGAACCGUCAUUUAAUGCGUUAUUUGUGCUCUUGGGAGAGGCUAGAGAAUGUGACACCAAAAUGAAUGUUUUGACAAUAAUGUCGUGUCUUGUGGAAAAGAUGAGCGAUAACAUAGAACCACAAGCAGACAAUCUGAUAUCGUAUUUGCCCCUACUGUGGAAAGAAAGUGAGGACUACAACAUGUUGCGAUGUGCUAUCAUUUGUACGUUGCAGCAAUUAGCAAAAGCGUUACGUGACAUCCCAGAAUCCAUGAAACCAUUCCUGUACAACGUAAUUCAACUCAGUACGGAUCUCCAGCCUUUUUAUCUAUCUCGAACGAUAGGCCUCACGAACAAUUCGUCUGCAGGCAAUAUGGUCACUGCUUGCAAUUUUGUAUCCCUGUUUUAUUGUUAUCGUUGUUGUAGCCUUGAUUUUACGUCAAUUACGUUUGGUCUAGUUAAACUGAUGUUGCCAAACAUAUUUUUGCAACAUUUUAUUUGCAAUUGCGUGUCGUGCUGCCAGUCGAUUCCGACUUGCACAAUACCAACAUUCGAGCGAAACAUCUAGCAGAAGAAACGAACGUUCGUUCCGAGAGGGAUAGGCUGUAAACAUGAUACCAAAGUAAGGUAGUUCUGGGUAUAUUGUGGAACGAUUUUCAGUCAUCCUACCCUGUCUGAAACACCAACAGCGAAAAUUAGAGUAGUUCUGAGUAUUUAGUUUUAUGCAUACUAACAAAAAAAAGGUAGUUCCAUGCCAUGGUAUAAUUCCACCAUGGUUCCAUACCUGGUCGGAAUUGGUGUGUAAUCGACGUGAAUUCCUAGCGGUAGCUUGACCUCCUUCGUCGAGGUUGUGAACAGGGUCGCAGAGGAUUUCGUAGGGGAGGGGGCUAGACACUUUGCAGUGAAGAAGCGAGAAUGUUC